AUGUUUACAUUACCAAAUGUAGAUCAAAAGUUAUAGGGUACAUAAAAAGAAAAAAUUGAAGUCUUGGAUGACUUUGCAAUGGCUCACUUCUUGAAAGAAGAAAAUAUAAAAUAAGGUAAAUGGAAGAAUGUGCACAAAGUUUAAAUGAAAAAUACUUAGAUUACAGAUCGCUCUCUUGAAUUAUUAUGCUCAAAUCCAGUUUGUGAAUAGAUUGAAUAAUUAGAGCUUUAAAAUAACUUUUCUUCAAUAACUGAUAAUUCAUUGUAGAUUCUAGCAUAUAGCCCUUAUCUUACUAAUUUAAAAUAUCUUGAUUUAAGUGAUAGCUUUAUAACAGAUGAAGGAUUAUCAACUUUUGUAUAAAGUAAAAAUUCAAAAUAAUUAGAAACACUAAUUUUGUAUGGUAAUGUGCAGGUAGGCUCAGAUUCUUUGCGAAGCAUCGCUCUUUCAAAGGAAUGUAGAAAUCUAUAAGUACUUGAUUUAAGAUCUACAUACAUCAGUGAUACAGGCUUUAAAGAAUUUUGUGAAAGUUAAAACUUAUAAAAUUUAAGAAUCUUAAAUUUAUCAAUGAAUAUAGAGGCGAUUACAGAUGAAACUAUAGUUUGUCUGAGUUUAAGCAAAAGAAUAAAAUCUAUAGAGCACUUGCUUUUGGCUAAUUGUAUGAUUACUGAUGAAGGUAUUGAGGCAUUAUGUAAAAGUAGCAACUUUUCUAAAUUAAAAGAGUUAGAUAUAAGCAACGAUAGCAAAGAUUUUAAUUUGAAUAAAAUUACUGAUAAAAGUUUGGAAUAUUUAUCUGAUACCACAUUUAUUUCAGAAUUACAAAAGCUGAAUCUCCGUGGAUUGAAAGUUACAUCAUAUGGCAUUAAUUACUUAUCCAGAUCAUAUAAUUUCAUGAAUUUGUAAUUUUUAAGACUAAGUUAAAAUGUUGGCAUAACUGAUAAAGCCAUAGAUUCUAUUGUUUAAGGCUCAGUGAAGAAUCUUAAAUGCCUAAAUAAGUUAUAUUUAAAUGAUACUUCAGUUACAAAAGAUGGAGUUAAAUUUUUGAUAAAAUCAAUUCCAAAAAUAGAUGUCAUAUAUGAUGAUAGAAUGUACAUAGAUUUAACAGAAGAAGAUGAAAAUAUUCAGAAAGUCUAACAAAAUAAAAGCUUUAAAUAUAAAUGA